AUAAAAGCGUCGCUCGGUCACCUGCAGGCCACCAGUUGAACGCAGUCGGCACGCGCACGAAAACACCUCCGAUUUAUAAACAUGAAGCUGUUCGUCUUGGCGACCGUGCUGGCUGUGGCAGCGGCUGCGCCGCAGGGCUACGGAUCGGCCCCCUCCAACGGGUACGGCGCGCCCCAGGCAGCAGCUUCCGGCCCCGAGCCCAGCGUCGCCUCCGGCUACGGUGCCCCCGAAGGCGCCGCGUCUUCACCGGAGGCCAACAUCGCUGAGGCUGGCGAGCCGGCGGCAUACAACUUUGAGUACGCGGUGAAGGACGAGGAGAGCGGCAACGACUUCGGUCAGCAGGAGACCCGAGACGGUGACAGCACCUCGGGCUCCUAUUACGUGCUGAUGCCGGACGGCAGGAUGCAGAUCGUCAACUACUCCGUGGACGGAGACUCCGGCUUCGUUGUCGACAUCCAGUACGAAGGAGAGGCGAACCUCGCCGGAGCCGCGUCCGGACCCGAAGGGAACGUCGCCCAGCCCGGACAGUCGUACGGCUUCUGAGCCCCGCGUCUGGCAUGAUCUUGAAUAGAUGACGCUACCGGCUCUACAUCAGAUGGCGGGACUGUCGUCCAAAGAAUGAGCGCGAGCAGCCGCAUUCUGUACCGAGUGGCAGCACAAAAGUGUGUCUUUCACACGACAUGUAACUUCACGUCGUGCACAACGAUCCCCUUCUUUUUCUUCACGAUAUCUUGUGAUAAGUGAGGAACUAUAGAUGCAUACAUGAUUUACUUCUUACUUCAUGUACAAACCCAUUAUUCGAGGGAAAUAAUAGCCUUUCCGAUCUUGACGUUGGUUUUGUACAUAUGAGGUAAAAUGAAAUGAAACUAUGCGUAUAUUUAUUGCCUGCGUGACCUACGUGUGUUGGUGUGUAUGCGGCAUACUUUGUUGGUAAUACAAUACAAUGGAGGUCAAUUCA